AUGGAGAGGGAUACAAAUUACAGCCAACAAUUGUUCGUCGUAGUGGAAGAUCACCAAACCUUACAAAACGACGAGCUCAAUCAUCAGCAGAGUGUCCCAAACGAUAAUGCAGUGGAUACUCUAAUUUUCGAUGUUGGGACUGCACCAUUAGAUGAGAUGUUCGACGAUCCCUUACAUGGUACAAAUACUGAUCUUAUCGAAAGGCAAAUUUUUUUUACCAAGAAACAGUUGUACUCGAGAAUUCAUCUACUUGCUUUGCGAGAGAAGUUUCAAUUUCAGGUUAGUAGGUCAAGCUUAAAAAUGUUAACCAUUGUAUGUGCGGACGAUAAUUGUAAGUGGAUGUUACGUGCUUCCAGUGUCAAGCAGUCCGCCAUCUUCAUGAUCCGCAAAUUCAAAAAUGUGCACACAUGUUCCAUAGAUUAUCGUCGUAAUGCACAUGAACAUGCCACUAGUUCCGUAAUUACCAAGCAGAUUAUGGGGAAAUUGGAUAAUACAUACGCAUCGUAUGAUCCUACCGCUAUUGCACGUGACAUGGAACGUGAGUUUGGUGUGAAAAUUAGUUACCAUAAAGCACGUAGGGGAAAGGUCGCUGCUUUACAUAUGCUACACGGUACACCUGGUGAUAGCUUUCAAAAACUUUCUUCCUACUAUCACCUCCUAAGAGAGAGUAACCCGGGAACAGUAACGCACAUCGAAGUAGAUUCUCGUAACAAGUUUCACUACCUUUUCCUAGCUUUCGGUGCAAGCAUUCGGGGUUACCUGCACUACCUGAGGACUGUUAUUUGUGUUGACGGCAGUCACUUGAAAGGUCCAUACAAAGGCACCCUUCUACUGGCAACUGCCCAAGACGCCAACAAACAGAUUUAUCCGUUAGCGUGGGGGAUCGUUGAUGCCGAAACGAAUAGAUCGUGGAUGUGGUUUUUAUCAAAUUUGAAAGAUCUUAUAGGUGACUCGAACGAAUUGGUGCUUGUUUCUGAUAGGAAAAAUAGUAUUGAAAACGCUAUUGCCCACCUAUUUCCCCGGGCUCACGACGGGUGCUGUGUCUGGCAUAUGGAAAAAAAUUUAAUCCAGUGGUACAACAACACAAGUUCAAUAUUUCUAUUUAAAAGAGUCGCAAGAACUUACCGGACCGAAGAUUUUGAAAGACUUAUGGGACAACUUCGUAGGGUAAGUGCAAGAGCGUACGGGUACUUGGAGCGAGCAGGUUUCCCAUUUUGGUCACGAGCAUUAUUUGUUGGCCAACGAGGUAAGUCAUUGUAUGAUCUCUACUCACUGUAUUACACAUCCGAGUACUGGAAGGGUGCCUAUGGAGAAGCUAUAUAUCCUGUUUUGCGUAAAGUGGACUGGAUUGUUACAGCCAAAAUUACAGGUACUCAUAUUAUGCCCCCCAGUGUACGUCGUCCUCCAGGUAGACCACCCACACAACGUAAGCAAUCCAGACACGAGUGUACCACACGGCUCAGGAAAUGCACUCGUUGA